AUGCUGACGAACCAGAAGACGCCGGUCACCGUCGAGCUCGCUCGUCUGGAGCUGCACGACCUCACCCUCCCCUACCAGGCUCUCGCCAAGGAACUCAUCCCUCUCACCCGGACACUCCCCAUGACCCUCCUCAACCUCGCCCCCAUCACCGAAAUCUUCACCAAGUUCCUUUCCCAACUCAAGGGCGGCCAGGACAAUGCGAACUCGGGACUUGAGUCGGCUCUCUGCCUCAUUCAGGCGCUGUACGAGACAUGUCUGAGCGAGAUGGUCCAGUAUGUACCGGCCACUAUCUCUGAGAUUGCUCGUGUUGGAGCUCUCCGUGCUCUGGAACCGAAGCUGGUCGAGAAGGCUUACUCGACAAUCUCGCUUGUCCUCCGAACCAUCGCCCCGACGCUGCUCAAGAGCGACAACAUCGAGAUCCUGCGCGAGACCUGGAGCUCGGUCAAGGGCUACGUCGUCCCCGGCUCGAACAAAGCCUACGUCCGCAAAUGUAUUGCCGAUGCCUGGGCUGGUGUGCUUCGAAAGGCUCGCGGAGAUGCUCUGCAGCGGGUCAUGCAUGUGCUCCUCGAGGACUCGUCCCCGGGACUCGAGGCUGUUUGGGCGAACAGCAUGAAGGGAACGCAGGGACAUCUGCACUCUCGUGCCCUCCCCAUCUACACUGUUCUGCUCGAUGACCUCGUCGCCAACCCUACUGAGGAAACAACGACCACCAUGCGCCGUGUCACGACAGCCCUCGUUCACCACUGCUCCUCUAGCGAGACUGCACCGCUUGUUGAGGCCGUUCUGGAGCGUCUGGAACCGAAGUCGAAGGCUGCGUCCUCCAAGUCGAAGAACUCCAUGGACUUCAGCUCGUCGACUGCGAUGCUCACGAUCCUGUCGACUUUCCUGUACACGAGGAAGGGCAAGCGUUUCCCGUCAUCCCUGUUCAAGCCCACCAUGCUCAAGCUCCAGUCGCUGAUUCCGACGCUGAAGGAGGCUUCGACCUCCGGCAAGCUCAAGGAGGACGAGCGGGUGAGCAGGGGCAACUGGAGAAUGGCGUUGGUCUCGUCCAUCGUUGGAUCGCUGGCCGCAAGUAAGCUCGCCGAGUGGCUUAGCCCCGGUGUCGGACUCAUCAGUGCCCUGUGGAGCGCCCUGGAUACGACUGAGGCGUUCGCGUUCGUCAACAUGUGCAUCGCGCUGAAGUGGCCCGGUGUCGAGCAGUUCCUCCUGGCUCACAUCACGAAGACGGCCCUGGGAGGACUCGAGAGUGACCCGCUGCCGACUCUUGUGCUGUUGAACAAUCUCGCCUCUGCUGGCUUCUUGACCGGAGGACUCUCCAAUGUUCAGGGCGGACGAUGGCGCAAGGCUCUUGUGGCCGCUCUCACGAGGGUCUUGACCAAGCUGUCUGACUCCAGCCUCGACGACGACGACCGCCGCCUGCUCGGACAAGUUCUCAAGCUGCUGCCGUACCUCGCCGGUGAGGCCUCGCAGUUUGUCGAGCCGUUGAUCAGUAUCCUGGGUCGCUUCGUGGACGGAUCUGACCAGGAGGCGCAAGAGAAUUGGGACGAGGAGGGUGUCUGGAACAACUCUCACGUUGUGGGCCGGAUUCUCAACAGCCUCUACGGCCUCAUUCUUCGCGGACCGAAGGAUUGUUCCGAGAAGGUUAAGGCAUUCUUCGUCGACAAUGACUUCUUCAACGUGCUUAUCCACAAGUGGCACUGGAGCAGGGAGGUCCUCGAGCAAGCUGCCGCGUUUAUCGAUCACUGGCCUGAGGCUGCCAAGUUGAACGGCGAUGUUCUCGAUCUCCUGGAGCCGAAUCUCCUCUCGGCUGACUCCGCGCUGCGCCUGUCGUCCCUGAAGAUCCUCGCUCUCUACUCUCGCCCAAUCUCGGAGAAGUCUGCGGCCCUAUGGGAUGUGUGCCUCUUGGUGGAAAACUCGGAGAUGUCGCUGAGGAACGUCCGUGAACGAACAGCCAACAUCGCACGUCUUGGAAGAACAAUUCAGGGCGUGCAGGAUGCCGGCGAGGAUUUGGAGCGAACAGUCAAGGCUGCCAUCACGUACCUUGUCGCCCAGCUCAAGGUCAACUUCCGACCUGUCUGGGCCGAAGCCGUUACGGCUCUAACCGAGGUCGCGAAGAGCAAGAAGGAGGACGCUGAGAGCUUGUGGACUAUUGUUUGGACCGAGAUCCAGAAGACCAUUCUCACCGAGCAGGCGAUCAUGCCGGAUCUGGGGGUUGAGUACCCCGACUGGACGAGGCAACGUGUCCAGGACCAGAAGGACGACGAUGAUGACGAUGAGGAGAGCGCUGAGUUCCGCUGCAACAGUCUUGCGAAGGGCCGUUCAGCCACCGUUCGCGCUUGGCAGGAGACCAACGACACAACCAAGCUCGACGUUGCCGAGAUUUCCGGCCAGAUUUCAAAGGACCGCCUGGACGUCAUCAGCUACGAGACUCAGCUCCUCGCCGUCUGCACUGCCUACCCGUCGAUGGUCGAGAAGCACACCCGUGUCUUUGUGCCCGUCGCUCUUGCCGUCGCUGGAGUUGAGACGGACGAGGCGCAGGUCCAGCUUUCGCACCUCUCGACCCGCGCUCUGCAGACUCGCACCAUCGCCUUCCUUGAGGUUUGCGCCAAGUUUGUCAACCCGAAGGCUUCAUACCGCUCUUCAGACCUGCACGCGCUCUACAUCAACCUUCUGUCGAAGGGAGAGGUCAAGAUUCAGUCAAUUGCCCUCAAGUGUCUGCUCACGUACAAGUCGUCGAACCUUAUUCCGUACAGCGAGCGUCUCAAGAACCUGCUGGAGGAGUCCAAAUUCCGUGAUGAGCUCACCCAUCUCAACCUUGGCAUCGACUCGGAGGUCAUCGAGCCCAAGCACCGCCACGAGUUCAUCGACGUUGUCAUCCGCCUGCUUUACGGUAUCAUGAUGUCGCGUCGUGCACGCAGCAGCACUGCUCAGGGCCAGGGGGCCAGGAAGCAAGCCGUCCUGACUGCCCUCAGCGGUUGCGCCCCCGACGAGCUCAAGACCUUGGUCGACCUCAUGCUUGACCCGCUCGGCGGCCAAGUCGACGUGGCUCCUAAGGAGCUCGAGACCAUGACCAUUGUGGCGCCUGGUCGCCAGCUGGUCGGUUUCCUGUCUUUCCUUCAAGAUGUCCUCCGAUACCUCGCCCCUCAGACUGAGCAGUACUGGUCGCGCCUGAUCGGCGCUGUCAUUGUCAUAGUUCGACAGACUCAGGAGGGUCUUGAUCGGGAGAAGGCCGCUAUCGAGGACGAGGGCGAGGACGUGGAGGAGAAGGAGGACGACGAGGAGGACGACAAAGAGGACAAGGGAGCUGCCCCCCUUCGCGCCCUGCGUUCGACUGGUCUCAAGCGUCUCGUCCAGUUUCUGCGCUCUCGUGUUGUCGAGUAUGACUUCCGCCCCUUCCUCCCUUCGAUCUUCAAGGGUAUCAUCUCCCCUCGUCUCCAGCUUCUCGAGGUCGAGAACACCCAAGCUCCCUCGGGUACUCUUGACCUUAUCGCGGCUUUGGCUGCCUCGCCGGAUACGGCGUACUCGCUUGUUGAAUUCGACGACCGCGCGCUGCCCAAGGUUUUCGCCUGUAUGACCGCGAUCAAGGUCAAGCCGGCAGUUAUUGGACGCGUUUUCGAUGUUCUUGACUCUCUCCUGUUCGAGGAUGAGCCCGAGGUCACUGAGAAGGUGCUCAUGCCGCAUGUUCGCCCUCUGAUCGACCACAUCAUUCUGCUCGUUCAGAACCUCCGUGCCUCCAACAACGAGGACAUCAUGCGCCGUCUUCUGGGCAUCCUUUCUCGCCUCUCUGCUGUUGUCACCGACGGCAAGCAGGCUCAACAGCUCGCAGCGCUCCUCGGACCCAUGCUGAAGCAGAGCGGACGCCAGGUUCCGGAGAAGGCCAAGGUCAACAUUCUGAUCACUCUCCAGCGCCUGUAUUCGAUCUCCCCUGACUUUGCCAACCCGAAGUCUGAGUUCUUCAACACGUCCUACAACCUGAUCUGCAACCUGCUCCAGACACUGCGGUUCCCUACCUCUCGCCGUGCUCUCAUCGCGGCGCUCCAGACCUUUGCCGAAGCCGACAAGUCGCUGGCCCGCCCCAUCGAGAUCGUUGCCGACCUCAAUGCCUACCGUGUGAAGCGCAUGGACGAGCCUGACUUUGACAAGCGCCUCGAUGCCUUCGCUCUACUCUGUGAUGUUCCCGAGGCCGAGCUGCCCCAAACUGUUCGCGAGUGGCAGCCGAUUCUCCGCACCUCGCUCUUCUUCAUCCAGGAGCCGGAGGAGCUGUCCAUCCGUACGAACGCGGGUACGAUGCUGAAGCGCUUCGCCUCUCUCGUCGGGGAUGCCGAGUCGGGACCUCUGGUCGACACCAUGAACACUGUUGUUCUCCCGGCGCUGCGCCGCAUUCUCCUCUCCAAGGUCGAGCUCGUGCGUAACGAGGUUCUCUCAGUGUUCUCGCACGCCGCCAAGACCUGCUCAGGCAUCCCCGUCCUUGCCGAGAUGAAGCCGCUCCUCGGAGAGGACGAUGAGACGGACGUCUUCAUCAACCUCAGCCACAUUCAGGUGCACCGUCGUGCGCGUGCGAUCCGCCGUCUUCGCGACAUUGUCAGCGAGGGCGCCAUCCGCGAGACGACGCUCUCCACGAUUUUCCUGCCCGUGUUGGAGCACAUCCUGACCGGCUCCACGGAUGUUACCGACCACCACCUCGUGAACGAGGCGAUUACCGCCAUCGGUGUCCUCGCUGGCCACCUUGGAUGGACUCGCUAUAACGGACUCAUCAUGCGCUUCCUUCGCCUCGGUACCCCGCAGAGCAAGCAGCAGAAGUUCUACAUCCGUAGCGUCUCUGCGAUCAUCGACAACUUCCACUUUGACCUCAAGAACGACGCCAAGGUCGGCGAGACCGAGGAGGCUGCUGUUGAUGCGGCCGGCGAGGGCGAUGCCGAGGAGGAGGCUACGGAAGCCGCCCAGGCUGUCGACCCCGAGGUCGAGGCUGAGAUCAAGAGGGCCGAAGCUCAGGCUGCUGCCACCGAGCGCAUCACCGAGGUCGUCCUGAACCGCCUACUCCCCACCCUCUCCAAGUUCAUCACGACCAAGAGCGAGACUGAGGACAGCGUCCGCAUCCCCGUCUCUCUUGCCAUUGUCAAGCUCGCUUCAACGCUCCCUGCCGAGGAGUCCGACAAUGAGAUUCUCCGCAUCAUCACCACCGUCUCGCAAAUCUUGCGUAGCAAAGACCAGGACAUCCGUGACAUUGCUCGCGACACCAUUGGCAAGAUCGCCGUCUAUCUUGGCCCCUCGUGGCUUGUUCGUGUCCUCAGAGAGCUCCGUACUGCUCUCCAGCGCGGUCCCCAGAAGCACGUUCUCGCUGUUACGACCCACUCUAUCCUUGUCCAUGCCACCACCGAGGCCGCCGACCGGUUCACCGACCUCGACGAGGCUGUCGAGGACGCGGUCGAGGUGUCUGCCGAGGUUAUUUGGGGUGAGUCCGGCAAGGAUGUCGCCACCGAGGGCUUCAAGACCAAGAUGCGCGAAGUCCGCGGCGCCCUGUCGCGCGGUAACGACACCUUCCAGCUCGUUUCCCGCCUCGUGAGCCCGACCAAGAUUUCUGCUGUUCUGGCCCCCGUCCGUGAGAUCAUGCACAUCUCGCAGGCGGUCAAGACGAUGCAGCAGGUGGACGAGGUGCUUCGCCGCAUCGCCCUCGGCCUCAACUCGAACGUCAUGAUGUCUCCCGAGGACAUUUUGAACCUGUCCUAUUCCCUCAUCAACAGCAACUCUCGCUACCUCAAGCCGAAGCGCAAGGAGGCCAAGGCUGGCAAGAGCAAGAGCGACCGCUUCACUGUCCAGAUGAAACGCAAUGCGCCCGAGGACGAGGACGUGUACCCGCAGAAUGCGUACAAGUUUGUCAUGUUCGGUCUCGAGCUGUUCGUGACUGCCUUCAGGCGCGGCAAGUUUGACUUUGACAAUGUCGAGAUUCUCGCCCGUCUCGGACCACUCGUCUCCGCCGUCGGCAACACGCUCUACUCGCCGACUGUGCCCAUCCUCAUCCUGGGUCUCAAGGCUACGGCUGCUGUCGCCAAGUGCCCCGUUCCGCAGGUGGAGGAGUCUCUUCCUGCCUUUGUCACGAACAUUUUCAAGAUCAUCAAGCACGCCGGCGGCACGGCCGAGACCGAGGUCGCGCAGACGGCGCUCAAGACGCUCGCCGUGCUCAUCCGCGACUGCAAGGCGACGCAGGUCUCGGACUCGCAGCUCAAGUACCUGAUCGAGGUGAUCAGCCCAGACCUGGAGGAGCACGAGCGCCAAGCGUCCAUCUUCACUGUGCUGCGCGCGGUCGUGUCGCGCCGCUUCGUCGUGCCCGAGAUCUACGACCUGAUGGACCGCGUGUCGAGCAUCAUGGUGACCUCGCAGUCGACGCACGUGCAGGAGCUGUGCCGGAACGUGCUGAUGCAGUUCCUGCUCGACUACCCGCAGGGCCAGGGCCGGCUCAAGGCGCAGAUGACCUUCCUAGCGCGCAACCUCGACUACGUGUUCGAAUCCGGCCGCGUGUCCGUGAUGGAGGUGCUGUCUGCCGUGUUCAAAAGGUUCACCCCAGAGCUCGUGGCAGAGUACGGCGACCUGUUCUUCGUUGCGCUCGUGGCGGUGAUUGCGAACGACGACAGCGAAAAGUGCCGCAACAUGGCCGGUCUGCUUCUGCAGCAGCUCUUCGGCGUGCUCGACCAUGCGCACCAGGGGCGCAUGCUCGACGUCCUCAAGGGCUGGAUCGGGAACACGGACGAGGGGACCGCCAACGUCGGCCUCGGCAGUGCCGCGCUCGCAGCCUACGGCCUGCUGUGCGAGGCGGACUCGCCCGCCGAGAGCGUGUUCGAGGACCUCCCCUCUGUCAUCGUCCCCGUGCUCGACACGAGUGCGCGCAACCUGCUCAUUGCCGAGACGUCGCAGAUCGAGAUUGAGCUCGACCCCGCGCUUCCGCAGCAGGCGCUCUCGGCAGUAGCCAAGGCGCUCAAGGUGCGUCCCGAGGUGGCCGGAGUGCUGCCGUGGGACACGAUUGUGGAGCUCCUCCUCUUCCCCCACGACUGGGUGCGGUACGGCGCUGCGCGCGCCCUCGCCCUCCUCUUCGCGGGAGGAAGGGCGUUUGAGCUGCUCGAUGGAAAACUCCUCGAUAUCGCGCGCAAGAGCUGCAUCCUCCUCGGCGGCAGCAAGUUGGCGGACGGCACGCCCGUCGUCGUCGACGGCAAACUCGCCGAUGAGCUCGUCAAGCUCCUCUGGAACAUUAGCAAGCACUGGAUCGCGGCGCGCAGCGACAAGGUCGCCAACGGCAGUGGCGAGGGGGCCGAGGCUGAGUCGGAUGAGGACGAGGAGGAGGAGGAUGAGUCGGAGGAGCCCGACGCCGACGCCGACGAGGCCGGAGAGACCGAACCGACGACCGGCGCCGGCGGCGAGGUCUCGUGGCUCAUGUCGCGCAUGUCCUUCAUGUCGCGCAAGCUCAUCAUCUCGCGCCCGGCGUCGAACACGGUACUCCCCGGCCAGCCUUUGCCCUUCACUGGGCCGCUGCAGAGCAUUCUCCGCUUCUUCGCGGGCAUCACGCAGGCCUUCACAGCCCAGCAGGCGCGUCACUACCUCCCUCACAUCCUGAAUCCGAUCUACCGCAUCCUGGACGAGGGCGGCGACCUCCAAGGCUUAGAGGGGGAGAGUAUCGACGCCUUGCGCAAGUUGACCAUCGAGAUUCGCGACUUUGUGCAAGAAAAGGUCGGCACGACCGCCUUCGGACGCACGUGGGAGCAGGUCCGCCGCAAGACCUUCGCCAAGAGGAAGCAGCGCAAGGACUUCCGCGACCAGCUCGUCAUCAAGGACCCUGCGGCUUGGGCACAGAGGAAGGAGAAGAGGGGCGCGAACAAGAAGGAGAGCAAGAAGAGAAAGACGAACGCGUACAUGGACCACAAGCGCGCCAAGCGCCGCAUGUAG